UCCUUGCUCGGAUCCUGUCCACAAUUCUUCUUCUUCACCCCACCCACCCACAUUUCCAAGGAAAAACAUCGUUUUCCUUCACACCUAGCUCACACUCACUCUCUUUUUUACAAAACCUUUAUCCAUUCAUCCACCGGCAACCUGCUAAACCACACUUCCUCCAUCCUCUUCAAACGCAUUUCUUCGCUUUACCUUCCCGGUAAACAACCGGUUGCGGGUCAACCACCCGUUAACUUAAAACACUGAAAAAACCGACAGAGUCAUUUACACACAAAGCUUGCAGACAUUAAGUUAUACCCACGGACACAUGAAUGGUGGUCUUAGCAAACUCGGGACUGCGCUCACUAUAGUGUUUGCGGCCAUUCUCGCAGCCCUAGCAGCCCAGCUCUUCUUCCUCCUCCGGCGCAGGAGGAAGUCUCAGUCUCAGACCCGGAUCGGGCACCACGAAAACCCGCCUCACUCACAGCACCACAGCAGCGUCGACGUUGACGUGGACGACGUGUUCAAGUGGCAGCAGGCACUGUACGGCGUGUCGUCAAGGGUUUUGUUCACGAUCGAGGAGGAGGAGGAGAGAAAGGUUCUGGACUCCGCCGAGACGACGACGCACUCGUCGUGCGCGGAGAAAGAGGUGAAGACGACGACGACGGUGGUGCUGGACGUAGCUGUGACGGUGAUGAGUGUAGAGGUGGACGAGGGGACGACGCCGUUUUCGACUCCUUGUGCUUCGCCGCCGUACUAUACUCCGUCUCCUUCUCCCGGUCGUGAGACUUGUAGCGUGUAAUAAAGAAGGUCCGGGUAGGGUCCUGGGCUUGGGCUGUCGGGUCAAGCGAUGAUCUUGCCGUGUUAGCAAGCACAAUAUUGGACGAUGGUGUUUAAUUUGUUUAACUUUUAAUUUUUAAUUUUGGGGCAACCGGUAGCAUUAUGUUUUAAGUUUUGGGUUUCAAUUAAUGUAGUUGCAUGGCAAGUGUAGCGGUUUAGGUGAUCAUUGAUUGCUGAUGCUUUUUAGUACAAAAAUGGAUGGAAAGCAAAAGUAUGCAAUGAAUAGACGUUGGUGAAAAUACCUCUAGUUUUUGCUGUUAUCUCAAUGAACUUGUGUUUAUAGUUGCUAA